GUCGUCCCGUUCUCCUCCCCCAACGCCGUCUGCCCUGUCCUCUCCUCAUCGACCGGCGCCGGAAGGGAAGGAGCAAAGUGAAGAUGAUCUACCGCAAGUGGUCGCUGCUCUCCUCCACCAUCCUCAUCUGGGGCGGCGCCGCCACCGCCGGCCUCGCCGGGGUCUUCCUCUUCAACGCCAAGGAGAAGUUCCAGAAGUAUCUUUCCGGUGAAGGCCAGAGGCUCAGGCAGCAGGACAGAGCGGCGAUGGGCAAGAACUAGCGAAAGACCUCAGGCAAUUUCGAUGGCGCAACAGGUGUAUUUGACAAAUUUUCCCCCUCCAAUGGCUUUGGCUCUUUGUACUCUCUAAACUAACUCCACAAUAAAUCGUGAGGCUCGUGGCUGAAACAUGGAAAUGAGCUUUAGCUCUAGUUUCUGGCUGCUGUGCAGCCCUUGUAUAAAAUGAUUUGACGAUUUCGCUUUAGCCUCUGAUAGCCCUUGGUUUAUCAAAGCAUUUUUACUUCGUUUUGAUCAACUUGUGUGACAUGUCGAUGUCCAACUUGUGUUUUGGGUGCUCUGAAUGAAUAAAGGUUGUUUCAUUUGACGGGACAUCGUAAA